AUGGGCUCAGUGUUACCCGCCGACGCGCUGGCUCUCAAGUCUGGAUUUAAGUGUCCCAGCCGCUCGCUGUCGGACGUGAUCACCUCGGACAUCCUGCACAGUUUCCUGUACGGCAGGUGGAGGAACGUGCUGGGAGAACACCUCGUAGAGGAGCGGCAGGGCGGCGGAGGAAGUCCCAAAACCGCCUUCACGGCCGAAGUUCUGGCCCAGUCCUUCGCUGGGGAGGUUCAGAAACUCUCAAGCUUGGUUCUGCCCAGUGAGGUGAUCAUCGCCCAAAGCUCGAUCCCAGGAGAAGGUCUGGGCAUCUUUUCAAAGACCUGGAUCAAAGCCGGAACCGAGAUGGGUCCGUUCACAGGGAGACUGCUGUCCCCCGAACACGUGGACCUGUUCAAGAACAACAAUCUCAUGUGGGAGGUGUUCAAUGAAGAUGGCACAGUGCGUUACUUCGUCGAUGCCAGUCAGGAAGACCAGCGCAGCUGGAUGACCUACAUCAAAUGCGCCCGGAACGAGCAGGAGCAGAACCUGGAGGUGGUGCAGAUCGGCAGCAGCAUCUUCUAUAAGGCUGUGGAGACCAUUCCACCAGACCAGGAGCUUCUUGUCUGGUAUGGAAACACAAACAACACGUUUCUUGGCAUCCCUGGAGUUCCUGGAACCGACGAGGAACACCAAAAGAAAGGCAGGAAUGAUGACUCCCACGCCUGUGACGGACCCUCCUCGUGUUCCCCCCCCUCCUCCUCCUCCUCCUCCUCCUCCUCCUCUUCCUCCUCCUCUUCGUCCUCUUCCUCCGCUCCCAGCGGUCGGAUGCGCUGCGUGAUUUGCCACCGCGGCUUCAACUCCCGCAGCAACCUGCGCUCGCACAUGCGCAUCCACACCUUGGACAAGCCCUUCGUGUGCCGCUUCUGUAACCGCCGCUUCAGCCAGUCGUCCACGCUGCGCAACCACGUGCGCUUGCACACUGGCGAGCGGCCCUACAAGUGCCACGUCUGCCAGAGCGCCUACUCCCAGCUGGCGGGCCUCAGGGCGCACCAGAAGAGCGCACGGCACAAGCCGGCGUCGACAGGCACUGAUGCGCCUCCUCACGUGUCCCCGCCUCCCCCUCCUCCCCCGCAGAUGACAGCCAUGCCCCACCAGAUGCCCCUGGUGGUGCACCACAUUCCCACCGUGGUGCUAUGA